AUGUCCUCGGGUCGUGGCGAAUACUCACAAGUUGAAGCUUCCCCAGCAACAGUAGAAGAGAUUCAGCCUGGUUCCAACAGGACAACAGCAAGAAGGGACAUGGUGGGCCAAAAUACAACAGUAAAAGGAUUUUUGCUCAAGUUUUUAACAGAAGAAGACUUGACGCCCACCAGGACGCCCCGCCCACCGAAGACGCCCACCAGGACGCCCCGCCCACCAGGACGCCCCGCCCACCAGGACGCCCCGCCCACCGAAGACGCCCACCAGGACGCCCCGCCCACCAAAGACGCCCACCAGGACGCCCCGCCCACCGAAGACGCCCACCAGGACGCCCACCAGGACGCCCCGCCCACCGAAGACGCCCACCAGGACGCCCCCGCCCACCAGGACGCCCCGCCCACCGAAGACGCCCACCAGGACGCCCCGCCCACCAAGACGCCCACCAGGACGCCCGCCACCAGACGCCCCACCGAAGACGCCACCGAAAACGCCCACCAGGACGCCCCCCCGAAGACGCCCACCGGACGCCCCCCCCCGAAGAAACCGCCCCACCAGGGCGCCCCGCCCACCCAAGACGCCCCAGACCCCGCCACCGAAGACGCCCACCAGGAGCCCCGCCACCGAAGACGCCCCCCAGGACGCCCCGCCCAAAGAAGACGCCACAGGACGGGCCUUCAGAAGGGCAUUCUAGGGAGAGGCGAUCUCUCGGCCGCUUCCGCGUGUGAGUGUGGUUUCGAGACGCCCACAGGACGCCCCCCGCCCACCGAAGGACGCACACCAGGCGCCGCCCACCGAAGACGCCACCAGGGGACGGCCCCGCCCAACGAAGACGCCCACCAGGACGCCCCGACCACCAGGACGCCCGCCACCAGGGACGCCCACCCGCCCACGAAGAACGCCCACCAGGAGCCCCGCCCACCGAAGACGACCCCAGGACGCCCGCCCACCGAAGACGCCCACCAGGGACGCCCACAGGACGCCCCGCCCACGAAGACGACCACCAGGACGCCCCGCCCACCGAAAGACCCGACCACCAGGACGCCCCGAGCCACCCCCCGAAGACGCCACCGGACGCCCCGCCCACCAGGACGCGCCCCGCCCACCGAAUACCGCCCCACCAAGGACGCCCGCCCCCACCAAAGACGCCCACCAGGACCCCCCCCCCACGAAGACGCCCCCCACCAGGACCCCCCCGCCCACCGAAGACCCCCACCAGGACGCCCCCCGCCCCCCAAAGACCCCCACCAGACCCCCCCGCCCCCGGACCCCCCACCAGGACCCCCCCCGCCCACCGAAGACCCCCACCAGGACGCCCCCGCCCCCCGAAGACGAAACCGGACCCCCCCCCCCGAAGCGUUUUCCUCGGCGACGGCGACACCUGGUCUUGGCUUCCUCUGGUUAUUACCCACGCCUCUCCUAGGAACCAGCUCUUCCCUCCAUGUUCCCCUUGCAUCUAUAACCCGGAGCGAUACACAUGCUGGUGUCCAUCACCUCCUUCCAAAGGGUGCAGCUUGGAUGCCAGUUUCCAGUCCGCCUUCGCAGGGGACACACCGGCCACCGAGGAACCCCUAA